AAAAAAUAAGUCAUCUUUAAUCAUGGCAUUACAAUAACACAAUUGCAACAAGGGAAAUUCCCAGGGCAAGGGUGGUGGUAGUCCCAAAUGUAAUCAAGACGUCCACAUUCCGUUCUGAGUUUAUUUAGGCCAUCAGUGAGUCAUCAGAGCGAGCAACGUUUUAAAAAACUUUUCUCCAAGACAAAGAGAACAGCAGUAAAUGGCCUAAAUAUUCAGCAGGCUGUGCACUUUCAAAUGUUGAUACCUUCAAUCAAGACCGCUGUUCAACAUAAUGUGGAAUAGAUGUUCUGUAACUUUAUUAGCCUUUAACAUAGAACAUUUACAGUAAAACAUAAAGUUGUUGUAUGGGAGGGGGAAUUUAAUUGGUAAGAGUGAGGAAUGAGUGUGAGAGGAGGACAUGAGCAGUAAGACAGAGCCAGAGACAAAGCUGAAAACAAGAGAGGCAGAAGGUGAAUGUAGCACUAUUCUAUUCUGCCGCAGCCUACCGGGCGGGGGAGGGGGUUUACUGCCGUGGAGCCCGAAGCUUGACGCGGGACGUUUCUGGUCUCGAGCACCGCGGAUUUACUCCACCUGGCACGCGCACGACGAUGGAAAUGAAUAUGGAAUGAUAACGACCAACAGCGCAAGAUGGGCAGGCGUUGAGAUCAGCUUUAACUUCCUCCGGUGGCGGCUCAGCUUCGAAAUGGUUUCCAGUGCCAGAGGAUGCCAGCAGCCCCAGAGUAUCACCGAGCCACCACCAUGCUUAACUGUGGGCAUUCGUCUUCCUCCAGACAUACUGCUGAUCCAUCGUGUUGAAAAGGAUGAGUUCCAUCCGUUCAUUGAGGCUCUGCUGCCUCAGGUCCGUGCCUUCGCCUACACAUGGUUCAACCUCCAGGCCAGGAAAAGGAAGUACUUCAAAAAACAUGAGAAAAGGAUGACUAAAGAAGAAGAGCGAGCUGUCAAAGACGAACUUCUUGGGGAAAAGGCAGAGGUGAAACAGAAGUGGGCCAGCCGUCUUUUGGCCAAGCUAAGAAAGGACAUUAGACCUGAAUGCAGAGAAGAUUUUGUCCUGUCAAUCACUGGGAAGAAAGCUGCAUGCUGUGUCCUGUCAAACCCUGACCAGAAAGGCAAAAUGAGACGCAUAGACUGUCUCCGACAAGCUGACAAGGUGUGGAGGUUGGACCUGGUGAUGGUCAUCCUAUUUAAAGGAAUCCCAUUGGAAAGCACAGAUGGAGAGCGGCUGGUGAAGGGAGGCCAAUGCUCCAAUCCAGUCCUCUGUGUCCAGCCUCGACACAUCUCUGUCUCUGUCAAAGAGCUCGACCUCUACCUCGCUUACUUUGUACAAGAGAGAGAGGCAGAGCAGAGCAGCAGUCCCAGUCGUACGGGAGUGGGCUCAGAUCAGGAGGACAGUCGAACCGCCACAAUGGAUGGUCCAGAGUUCCAGGAGAGUUUUGUGACAUCGGGAGUUUUCAGUGUCACUGAGCUGGUCCAGGUCUCAAGGACUCCAGUAGUUACUGGAGUAGGACCUAGUUUCUCUAUGGGGGAACUCCAGGGUCAUCUGGCCUACGACCUCAACCAGUCUGUCAACCAGCCAGUCAGCCUCAGACGAUCACUGGCCAGCACCUCAUCCAGCGGGAGUAAGCGUCAUAAGUCUGGCUCAAUGGAGGAAGAGGCUGACAGUCCAGGAGGGGAGUAUUACCACUCACCUUCCUCUCCUGCCAGCAGCUCCAGGAACUGGACUGAUGACAUGGAAGGAGGUCUAUCUCCUCCAGUGAAGAAGGCAGAGCUGGACAGUCCCUCUCCCCAGGAAGACUCACCAAGAUUGGGCUCCUUCACUCAGCACCACCGGCCAGUCAUAGCUGUUCACAGUGGUCUGUCUCGGAGUCCCCACCCUUCAUCAUCUCUUCAUUUCCCGUCGUCCUCCUACUUCCCACAUGGAGCAAUCCGCUAUCCUCCUCACCUGGCCCAGGACCCCCUAAAAGAUCUGGUCUCAUUGGCCUGCGACCCGGCCAAUCAAACUCCCAGCUCGCUGAAUGGCAGCAACCAGGUUAAAGUGCCCAGUCACUAUAUCUCCUCUCAGAUGUUGGCACCCCCCGGACCAGCACCCUCCCUGGCUCCUCCCCCAUCCUCCCUCCCAAGACUGACACUGUCUGCAGAGUCAAAGGCCACUACCACCUCCUCUGAUGGGGGAGCAAACUCCCCCACAUCACCCACAUACUCGGCCCCUGGGACCCCACCUGCCAAUCGCACCUCCUUCGUUGGAGUCACGCCUCGAGACCCAGGUGGACUCUACCAAGCCCAGUCUUGGUACCUGGGCAACUGAGUGAACUCUGGAGGAAAGAUGAUUGUCAUGGCAGUACUGCCCUGGAAGGAAGGAAACAAUGUUAUCAAGACAUUGCCAGAGGAAAAAUAUAUUCAGCUUUGUAGAAGCAUAACUUGUGGUCAUACACACAUAUAAAUAUACAGUGGAAUAUAUUUAUAUAUGUUUAUGCACCCAGAAGAGACCUGGAUGGAAGAAUGAUGCUGCUCUUACUCAGCCAUUUUGCAGCCACAGAAUGAACUAUGCUAUAUUGACACUAAAUGGUUCUCACAAAUGACGGGAGUUGUGAUUUUUAAGUAAGGGAGUGAUGAAGAUGUCUGGUUGGUCCAGAUGAACUGCAGACCAGAACCAGGCCUCAACACACCAGAUUCUAAGAAGCCUGUAACCUGACUGUGUCCACAGGAUGAGGCCUUUUCCCCUGAGAUGGAUGUCAGUCUUUACCCCUGUACCCUGGGUUUCUACACUAAAUCUAGUAUAUAGACAUAGACCUCAUACCCCUCAACACCCAGAAUGCCCCUCUCCGCUUCAGGUGCUGCUUACAAUAUAUGCAAAUAAGCCUCCCUUAUUUUCUGAACCAACUAGAAAGAGAGAUCCUGUUGUUAAUAUGUAAUGUUUCUUUGCACUUUUUAAUGUUAUUGAUACGUCUGAAGAAAAGUAAGAGUUGAAACAGCGCAGUUUUUUCUCUCUCUUCCCACCAAAAGACAGAGGCUUUGUCUUUUUUAUUGACAAUCUUCCGCCAUUAAGUUGCUCUGCUAAGGCUCAUGUUUUUAAGACUGUUUGAUUGUGCUUUUUUAUCAGAAAACAAUGCGCAAUAUGGAAAAUAAAAGGUGUAUUCAUGCCUCCUCCAACACAACACACAAUGCUAGAAUUGUGACACCAGUAUAGGCCCAGUAGUACUGGUAUCAGGGGGAGCCCUCAUUAGCAGAGGACAUCUUUUUACAUGAAUGUCCUGCAGCUUCCUUCCCUUCAGAUGCUGAUCAAUUUGUCAUGACAGUACUUAUCCAAACGGCCAAAGGCACAAUGUUUGAAGGAGACAUGCACCUUCCACAACAAAAGUCUCGGUAGAACUGGCUGCUGAGCUUAAUGUGGGAAACUGUGGCAGUAUGUGUGUGUGUGUGUGUGUGCGUGUGUGUAUGGUUCCUGCAUUUCCAAACUCAUCCCUGCACUGUUUUGAGGAGAUAUGUAGAUUUUGUUUGUGUCUCAGAGAACAUAACGACGAGGCUUGUACUUGUAUGUAGGUAGAUUAGAAAGAGACAUAGUAGGCCUUGCACUAUUCCUAAGUUAAAUUGCUUUUUGAGAAAGGUGUGAUGCUGUGGCCAGGCUGGUAGGGUAUAGUGUAUAGUCAGUGUUUAUGACAGCAAGUGUUGUGCACACUGACUUGACCUGAGCACAAAAUCCAGGUUUCUUGUCUCGCCCAAGAAUGAGUGGAGGUCUAGAAAGUGUCCUUGGUUCUGCACUGUAUAGCUCAACCCCAAUCCAACUUGAAGACUGGUACAGUAGCAGUAGGGUGUGGGCAGGGGCGCGCUGGAGGCAUAUAAAUGAAAGGACAGGCUAGCCACAGUGCCAUGGUUGGUUUGAAGGCAUACCUAGAUGGUUUACCACUUGCAACAUGAGGUUGCUUUUUUGUGUCCAACCUUGACAAAAUAUUUGCAUUAUGCCAGUGUUUUAGUGAAACAAUAUUCUCUUGUGGCUGUCUUUUCACAGUUUUGUUUAGUCAAUAAUCUUUUGAAAGGAAUUUACUAGCUUAAAACUGUACAUGCUGCAUUUUGACUUAUAUUACAAUCUUCUUAAACAUUUGAUAAGGUUAGCAUUUAAUAGAAUCGAAACAUUAAUCUUUUUCUGCUGUAAUGGCGACACCUCAAAACCACAUGUCCAUAGACGUAACAAAGAACAAGAUGUCAUAUCAAGGGAUAGCAACAACUAUGUGUAGUCAAAGAUCUGAAUGCAGAAGCAGAAUAAAAUCCAGAAUCAAAUUAUCAUACAUAUCACCAUAAAUAUUAAUAUGUUAAAUUCAAUGCAAAUCCAAAACCAAUAUUCUAUUAGUAGAGUAUGUGCACCCUGACCUUUUUAUAUUUCCUACAGCAUUUUUUGGUGAUGAAAACACUGAAAAUAAAUUGGAAAUAAAUCUUUAUUGAAAAAUACUUUCUAAUAUGUGCCAUAUUUAAAUCUCCAAGGCUUUGCAACUGUAAAGCAGGCAAGUGAAAUGUGUUGCCUGGGGAUGUGGAUUGGUGUUUCUGUGUUGAGGUGCGAUCAGAUUGAAUAGCAAGCAAAUUUCCGUCUUGUGUUACUGCUAGUGUGUAUUUGUCUGUAGAUGUUACAUCAAAACAUUAAUAUUUUCCUGUACGAUAUUUUCCAAGAACAAAACCAAAGUAUAUUACAAUAUUUCUGGCCACUGCCAUAAAUCUGAGCAGUGAAUAUUCAGUAAAGAAGAAGAGUCAAGUAGAGUGUACUGGAUUCUUAUAUUUGGAAGACAUUUUAGAAAGCAGACAUCCGUGGGAUAUAGAAAAAAGGUAAAGUUUAGAUUUCCCUUAAAGUUCACAGAGUGCGUGGUGAGGUUACAAAUGGGGCUGUCCAAACAGCCAGCGUACCAACUGUACACCGCCUUACUAGCUUGCAACGCAUACAUCGACCAUGUGUGUAGAGUGGCUGUUUAAGUAUGACAACUUGGAUAAAAACAUAGUUCAGUCUGAUAUUUUCUUCCAGUUUUUGUCCGUUUUCCUCUUGUCUCUUUGUGUUUAUACAUUUUAGUGUCAUACCGUGUUGAAAUAAGUGUGAUAAGGUGAAAUAUUUUCUACUCUCACAGAAGCAUUUCCACUUUUCCCCACAAUUCACUUUGCAUUCAGUCUGAAUACAGGUGUCUGUAUCUUUUCCUUUCCCAGGGUUUGGGGUUAAAGUUGACAGCAGCCAGUGCCUAUUAGGGGUUCAGAUUUUGUACUGAAGGUGCUGAUUUGAGUUAGGUUUUGGUUGGGCUAGGUUUAAGGUUUGGUUAAAGUUAGCUUAAAGCUGAUGUAUACUGCAUGGUGCUGUUCUGGUCGCUGUGCUGACCUAAUGAAUGCAUGGCUCAAAGAUGAUACCUCUUCCUCUCUAUCCUGCUCUUCCUCUUCCUCGCCUUCCCCUGUCUGUACUCUGUACUACAUCAGAAAGCAGUGGAUGGAAGGGCUGUCUGUUUCUUUAAAUUUAAUAAUAGCCCUGUUGUUAAACUUCUAUUUUGCACGAUAUUUCAUAAAACACAUUAUGUGCCUUGCCUUUAGUUAAAGAAUAAUGCAUUAUGUGAACGUGAUCAUACUUUUCAUGGUACAGCUUGAAGCACUUAAAAAAAGCUGCAUGUUUGAUUGCUUGGCAUUUAGCAGUGUAGCAGGUACACAGUUUUAGGUUAAACAAUGGCAGUGUAUUAACUGCCAGCUGAGAUACUAGCUCAAUGAAAGCGUUCAUUAGCUUCAGCAGAGGUAAAUUCACUACUACUUUUCAACUAAAGGCACAGCAAAUUUUUACAGUGUGAAAGGAGCAGUAUGAUAUUUUGGAAAAUAUACUUGUUUGUGAUCAUACAUAGGGGUUAUGAAAACUGAUCUGGUUCAGUGGCUCUGCUGUUAAUAGUGUUGGCUUAUAGGUGUGUGUGGACUUAAGUAAAUUGACAUUGGGUCAUUCUGGGUCAAAUCAUUUUAGAUUGUGUUCAAACUUUACGUAUAUGUUGUUUAAGACCAAAAGUAAGUCCCGUAAAAAAAAGUCAUAGGCCAUUUUUAGGGUUCAGUAUCUUCAGGAAAGGGGUUAGGGUUAGGGGUUAGGGUUAGGGGGUUCCACGAUGAGGUGAGAAAGCAGUUGCCAACUAAUUAAAGGACGACUUCCUCUGAAAGUCGUCGGAUGUUUCCCAAAGUACAGUGCAUCCAGAAAUUGUUCACAGCGCUUCACUUUUUCCACAUUUUGUCACGUUACAGCCUUAUUCCAAAAUGAAAGAAAUCCAUUAUUUUCCUAAAAAUUCUACUAACAAUACCCCAUAAUGACAACUUCAAAGAAGUUUGUUUGAAAUGUUUGCAAAUUUAUUAAAAAUAGAAAACAAAAAAGCACAAUCAGCACUGCUCAAUACUUUGUUCAAGCACCUAUGACACCAAUUAUAGCCUCAAGUCUUUUUGAGUAUGAUGCUACAAGCUUGGCAUUCCUAGUUUGGGGCAGUUUCUCCCGUUCUUUUAAGACGAAGGCCACGGUGUUCAGUGGGACAUUCAAUGCUGCAGAAAUGUUCUGUACCCUUUCCCAGAUCUGUGCCGCGAUACAAUCCUGUCUUGGAGGUCUACAGACAAUUCCUUGGACGUCAUGGCUUGGUUUGUGCUGUUAACUGUGGGACCUUCUAUAGACAGGGGUGUGCCUUUCCAAGUCAUGUCCAAUCAACUGAAUUUACCACAGGUGGACUCCAAUCAAGUUGUAGAAACAUCUCAAGGAUGAACAGUGGAAACAGGAUGCUGUGUAUUAUGUAAUUUAUUUUUUAAUACAUUUGCAAAGAUUUCAAACAAACUUCUUUCAUGUUGUCAUUAUGGGGUAUUGUUAGUAGAAUUUUUAGGAAAAUAAUGGAUUUCUUUCAUUUUGGAAUAACGCUGUAACAUAAGAAAAUGUGGCAACAGUGAAGCGCUGUGAACACUGGAUGCAUUGUAUAAACAUAUGGCUAUUUCAUACUUCAGGCUGAUAAUACAGUAUUUGAUUGUUGUUAUACUAAAAAUUUCAGGGGCUUCAGCAUAAACAGAAACUGAUAUAUGGCAAGCCAAGUUUGCAAAUUGUUGCUUUUGCAAGAUGGCAAAAAGGCCAUGUGAACUCAUUUCUAGGACCAUGAAAGUGAGUUUGAAAUGGGGUCUAUAUGUUGGCAUUUUGUGUGUGAAAUUAAAAGUUCCUUCCAUGUUGUCUUCAUGGUUAAAUGUAACAAGAUUUUUCAUGGUUUGAUCAAAAUUUAAGAUGUAAAUAUAAAACUAUCUGAUUUGACACAGAAUGAACCCACUGACUGUGUGUGACACAGCACUCACACAGUGUUGAAAAUUUGACGUGUGUUAAACGUUAUUUUAGGGUAUUCUUAAAGUAUGGCUACCUUGGAUCUGAAAAUGGGACUUUGCUUUGUCUACAUCCUGUUUUGAGAUUAAUUAUUAAAUACAUGCAAUCACAUUUGAUAGUAUUUAUUGCAGGGAAGGUCUUAUACUAUAUAAAAAUUUGAAUAAUUUGUCAGGCAUUUAGCCAAUGUGGCCAAGCCACUCAAUCCCAUCUAAUGGAAACAUGUUAAACAUGCUUUGGUUUGGGCUCCAAGGCUCUGCAGUUCUAUGAUUGGCCAAUAGUACUCCGUCCAUUUGCCUGUAUAAUGACACUGACCACAUGACUAAUCAUGUGACAAGAUACAACAAAAGGCUGUAGAUGAGUUUGAGUUUUAUAUGAAUGCAUGCACUUAACACUAUUCUUACUCAACUUUUUAGUUAUUUCUUGAGUUGUUAUAGUUAUAUUGCUUGUAGAAUUGUAGUUUUAAACACAGGAGUGUGUAUGAAAAUAUGUACAACAUGGAUUCAGUUAUUAAAGGGAUGCAUAGAAUGUGUAAGUCUCGUGCGUUUUAGUUUGGCCCUCCUAAGAUGGUGCCACAGAGUAAGGGACCCAUGAAAUGCAAAAAAUUGUGGGUUGGCUGGUAGUAUAGUUUAGUCAUGUGAGGGAUGAUGAAUGGUGAUGGGUGAAAAUGGCAGUGAAGUCAAGUUAAGUUAGUGUGAAUUGGAAUGCACCCUAAGAGUGCAUACCUCCGCUAAGGCUGCACACUGCACACUGAUCACUCACUGAAUCAGCAGUUGCCAGCAACAGUUUUAGAAUACCCAAAUCUUGUCCUGAAAUAUGUGGGCUUUGUAUGGGAUGAAUUAUGCAAAAUUACACACUUUUAAUAUGACCAGUUAAAUGGUAAGAAAAGUUUUACCAAACAUUUAAAAUAGCAGAAGAAUAUUUGUUUAGUCAGAAAUGGACAUAGACUAAACUAAUAGAUUUGUCUUAACACAACAUUCACAGUUCAGGAAGGUUGGAGCAGAAGUGUUCACCAUUCCAGUUUUAUAUAUGAUCCAAAAUGGACAGUCAGACCCGUCCGAUACCCAAACAUUUGAUCCAAAUUGUGGUGGACCCAGAGGGAGAACAGUAACACUGGCAGAAUGAUGAUGAUGAUGCUCCAACAAAUAAAAAAAGUAAUACAUGGUAUGUUUCUGCACUUUACAGUUUGUACUCUGCUUAAAAAACAUUUUCUCCUGCAAUAACAAUGAUACAGCAUCUGAUCAGAGUUGAUAGAGAAUCUGCUUGGAUCCCUCAGGUAUUAGACAUAUUGACACACAGACCUGAGACCUGCAGCAGUACAGCAGGACACUACCAGACCUGGCUAAUUCAGGUCCCGGGUCUUGAAUAUUAGCAACACACAUGAACGCCUCUCGUUAGGAAUUUAAGUUAAGUGUUUUAUAAAUGGCCACAAGAUGGUACUAUUGCUACUGAAACAUCUGAUGGAAAUCAGUUCAAUUGGUCGGAGAUAAUUCAAAAUUUGUCUACUGAAGAGUAACAGCAGCUUGGGGUGAAGUUGAUUUUAGUACUGUGAUUGUUCAACUUGAAAGCGAUUGGCUACUUUCACAGAUACCAGACCAAGUUGUAAUUACAAUUUCAUGUUUGUACUCCCUUUUUCAAUCAAUCAUAAUAAUGUCAAACAGUAUGACCAUGGUGAUCUAAGACAGCAUAGUAUUAACCCAUGAUAGGACUGACUGUGGUUCACUCAGUUGUGAGGUGUGUGUGACGUGUGUACUGGUUGCCUAUUAGCAAAUGCACUACAGGGAUUAAAGGGAGAACAUCUGGGCCCACAGACAGAAAAAUAAAGCUGGACAGAACUAAAGUCUUAGUUUGUGGACACAAUAAAACCAAAACCAGUUUAAUAUAACACUGCACAAGUCAAUACUAAACCAAAAACUUCAGUCAAAAUGUUCUAUACAUUUAAAUCACCUCUCUUCUACAGCUAAAAUAAAUGAAUGCUGUAAGAUGUACAAAGGUUGUAUAUAUUGUAGGGCUGAUGUAUUGUAUUACAGAAAACUGUAGUGGCUUUGUGAUUAUUGUGUCUUCUCCAGCUGAUGACCAAAAUCACUGUGCACAUCAUACUUUGGGAAUCUUAUUACGGCUUCAUAUUGUCUACCAGAAAGCUGUGCUUCUAGCCAAGAUAAAAACUGAUUUAAAUUCUAAACCUUAACUUGUAGACAUGAUGUGUGCACUAUUUAAAGGCAGAUAGCUUAAAAGCAGUGCAUUUUCAGAGUUUGUCAUUAUUUGGAUGUAUGUCAGAAGAGAUUUGAUUCUGUGUUGAAGCAGGUUAUGAAGUGAUACCUCUUCAUUUCUAUUCCUUUCUACUUUUCUCUAUCACUGUCAGUUUGACAACAGAAACUACAAAAGAAAGCCAAAUAGCUUCCCUACCGAACACCGCCAACUGAGUGGAAGACUAAUCCACUGUGUUCUAAAGGUGUGUCAGCUACAUGCAAUAAGACAUAAAUUAUGCCCAGGCCUCUAUGUCAAACCUCUUAAACAAGGUAAAAUACCAUGCUGCUCUCAGUAACUAUUCAUAUCACAGUUGCCAAUCAAAGUGGAUACUUCUGAUUCUUGUGAGAAGGGACGUUGUGUAGAAAAGUCCAGUUAUUAACAAUCAAUCUGGAAAUUCCCCACCUUCAAGUCAAAAUUUUUAAUGAGGUGAGGAUAAUGUGUUUGUCAUGAAAUUGAACUUGGAGAGAAAACAAUUGUUGGGUCUCUGUAAAUAAUAUUACAAAGAGUACGUCUAGACCUGCUCUAAAAAAAGUGCAGUGAAAUCUCUUUUGUUAUGAACUGGCGCUAUAUAAAUAAAAUUGAACUGAUAACAAUACACAUCAGAUCAGCUGUCACGCAAACAUUGUCCUCUCCUCAAGAAAAAAGUGCUUGCAAACUCAUUACUUUCUCUGCUCUAUUCAAAUAAACCAGCAGGUCAACAGCAUGACAACUGAAAAAAAAAAACACCAACCAAAAAAACAAGCAGUGCCUAUGAUUUUACUGCUAAUUUAAUUUAAGUUCUUUUGUAUGCUGUGGUUUGCAAUAUGUGUCCAAGGCCAUGUGAGACCCUUUAGCCUAGGGGUGAUGCUCAGUGUUGAUAACAUUACCAUCCCUGUAUAGGCAGGAUGGGCUGUCCAGGUCCUGAGGUGACAAGCCAUAAAACAACCCAAAGAGUUGAAGAAAACCUAGAGGAAACACUGAGAGACUCAUGGUUCUUUAUUUUAGGUUGGAUUAUGUUCAGGGACUGCAGCUGUGUCCUGUUUUCACCUCCUUACAGAGUAGCACUGGAAAAAGGCUGUCCAUUCUAAAUCAGGCAAAAAGUAUGGCAAAGCAUUUACAGCAAGGCAGUGAACAUUUGAAGACUUACCAAAGAGGGAAUAGGGAACCCAUUAGCAACUUAAUGCUAAUAGAUGAUUAGCUACCAAGUAUUUCCUGAAAAGUGUUGAAACAAUAGCAGUAGUGAUCCAGUGUGUUAAUGAUAAUUUCCACGUCACAGUUGGAAAAGCACAGGUGUAGGUAAUAAAAUGAAUGAUGGCUGAAAUCCGUUUGGCUGCUUAAGUUUCAGGGUCCUGCAUUUUGCAUGCUGGCUCACUGUCCUUGCACACGCUCUCAUGGUUUACUGGGCCAUUGUUAAUUAUGUUAAUAACACCUGUGAUUUUCCUACUAUAAAAAGUCAAAAUAUUUACUGUGAAAAAGGUAUGUUGCUGAUUAACUGUAAAUCAUUUACUAAAUGAGACAUAACAUAUAACUGAUCAUUGCACUAUUACACACAUUAAUUACUGUAGUCAUUGAUUAAUAUAGUGUAAUAUAUUGCUGCAUUAUACUUAGUUGUUACUUCAAAUGCAUCCUUACUUGAUUGCUAAUCCACCAUUAAUUACCACUAUUUUUGUAUGUUUUUUUUAAUGGAGAAGGCGCCAUUAGAUCAUGACUUAAACAACCCAGUCCCUCCUUUAAUUAAUGUUGUUAUGUUAAAUUGCUUUCAGUCCACAGCAUUAGACAAGAGAGAUGUUAGCUGUGAAUGCUGUUUUGAAGGAAAUGGCCUGUGCUUACGGUACUAUGGGUCCGUUGCAUUAUGUUCAGUGCACAUUUACAUUAACACGUAAUUCAACAUAUCAUAUUAACAAGGACACAAUAAUGUAUGCAAAGUGACAACUGAGUAUAAUGUGCUACAUAACCUGAGACACAUAGAGACUAAUAUUUACAUAAUAAAGAUACAGUAUUUAGUCAAUGAUUAUGUGCUGUUUAGCCUUUGAUCCAGCAUUGCUUCAGCAUGAGAUAUUCAGGAACUUAAUAACUGGAACUAAACAGGAACUGAAUAAAUCAUUGCAUACUGGUUCAUUUACAGAUCUGGUAUAAAUUUAUUCUACUUUACAAUUCUUGAUUUACUGGGGUGCUAUUAGUUAAACCUGCAGUGCGGGACCUUUGUCUCCCCCUUCUGGCAGUGAUAGGCUUAAUCAGCAUUGUGUGAACUAGUUUGACAAGGGCUUGAAGGUAAAGGUCCUGCACUUCUAAGUAUGCAUUAAUUAGUACUUCCUAAUUUCUUCCAUAAUAUUUGGAAACCACUUACAGUUUUGCAGUUGUCAGAAUCCCCAAUGUUAAUAAAGUAACCACUGGUUCAACUUGACAGUUAAAAAAACAGAGUUGCUGAAGCUGCCAAUCUGACAGGAUUCUAGUUUCGCCCUGAUGGUAGGUUGAAAAAUUAACUGUAGAGCUGACAGCCACUUUCUAUAAAAGUGCAUUGUCUAAGAUCUGAAAUUUGUUGACUACGAUGUUGUUUUGGUGUUCCCUCUAGAUUUUUCUUUACUCUGUGGUGCAAACCAAUUGCUGUUCUGAUCACUGUUAGCACUGUUAGUAGAGAAUAAAUUAAGAUGCAUCAUAUCAGAACUGCUUUAUGAUUGUGGUCGGCAGGUUAUGUAUUGUAGGCGGUAAUAACUAAGUGAAUAGUAGUUCUGCUGCUAGUGAUUCCUGUUAAGCUGACUGCUGUGUGAGGAACAAAGGGACUGUUGGAUAUCUUAUCUUUUCAUAGAGGGCUCUUUUCUAUAAACUGUACAUGUUAUUCAACACUCUACCCUACUGCUGCUGUUGCCUGAAAACCAUUUACUUAAACUUAAAUGUGUUUCUUUUAUCUGUUUCAUACUUGCACACAAUGCAAAUGUUUUUUUUAAAUGGCCAUUCGAAACAGUUUCUGUAAUUCUGAAUUCUGUUUCUGAAAAUCAGAUUUUAUAGAGCUACAAGUUUUUCUGACAGUGAUGCCAUAUUGAUUCCUUUCUGUAUCUGCGGGUACAUUGCUUCUGCACACAGUUUACUCCAUGUGCUGAAGAAAGUUUGUAAUGAAUGAAAGUUGUUUCUCAGAGAAAAUUUUAAUGCAGUCUCAUAUUUUAAGGAUUUUUUCUCAGAACUUUUCAAAUAUUAAUAGUAAAUGACUGCUUUGCUUGCUUUAAGAUAUAUAUCCCUUACAUCAGAGAGAGCAUAGGCAUGUUCAGCUUUCAUCAGUUAUUGCAUGACUACAAUCUGCGCAGACCACAUUAACUGUACAUCAGGCCAUUGUAUUGUUCAUUUAGCUACAGAAUAACCACCCAAAAUCUUUGGCAAUUGAUGAGACAUGAUAAGGUCCCCCUCUGACCUGAGUCUAUUCUUUUCUAUUUUGUGACCUCAGAGUGCAUUAACAUACCGGAAACACAUUUGAGAAAACCAUCAUGAGUACUAUUGCUAUGGUUACCAAUAGACCAGUUAACUAUACCAGAGUUUUGUUGUCUGAUUUGACUAAUUAACUUGUCUUAAUAUAUGAUUUUAAUUGACACCUGACAGCCAAUCAGAAACCAGCAAUAAUGCCAAAUCUAUGUUCCAGCCUGAGAGCGCCGGUGGGCUAACUCUGGCCUGAGAUGGUCACUGUGGAAAAGGCUGCUGCUCUGGACUGGAUACAGUUUGUAGCAGCUUUAACAAGAGCGUACUUUUUCCUUUAGAUGUUGUUCAGCUCAAGCAAAUGUCAAUAAUCAACCUUUAUUUCAUGAUGUAAACUGUUCCUCUAACACUGCAUUUAAACAGGGACAGGAACACUGCAGCAUAUAUAUGUUUUCUUAUAGCCAUCUAAAUUGAAGUCAUGGACUGACAGUUGUCUGUUCAAGGUUGGACUUUCUGUUGUUGUUUGAAUGUAUCGUAGUUUGAUUGACAGCUGUCUGAACCAGUGUUUCUGACCUAGUGUUAUUCAUCUGCUGUGGGGGAUAUUAACAUCUUUGAUAAUAUGUCAUUAUAACCAUAUAUAGCCAUUGCUAUCAGUAAAUGCUGAUGGAUUCAUUACUGGAAAUGAGUAUGUUUCCCUAUGCAAAAAUAUACCAUUAAUAAACAAGCUAUACCACAACUCA